AUGACAUCCCAAUCCUUCUCCAAAUUCUGGUCCACAGACCUUACUCGCGACUCCUUACUCUCAUUCCUAGACACUCCCACCCUCAAAUCUCUACGUCUCGUCAACCGCGAGUUUGCUAUCACCACAUCUCGACAUCUCUUCCGCGAUGUCUCGAUUACAUUCAAAAGCAGCACAUUCACAAAACCAGCGCGCAUGGCUGCGCUGGAACGGAUUGGAUGGAACAUUCGCACCGCCACGUUCAAGAUUGAGCAUGGCCCCGAGACAUUCCUCCCGCCGCUGCUGGAUCCCAUGACGGGAGAGGAAGUUAGUUUUGUGUUUACGCCGUGUGUGCGGAAUUCUCCUACUUCUUCUCCUACUGCACCAGCAGCGACUGCUGCUGCUGCUGCUGCUGCGGGUGAAAGGCGAGGGGUAUACGGAACAUGGGAAAUGACCGAUAUCCUCGUCAAGCAGUACCCUCCCUUAUUCCACGCAGCCAUGAACGUAUCCUCGUUCGUAGCCGCAUUGACCUAUAUGCCAUCGCUCCGACAUUUAAAAGUGAACUGUGCAGGUCAGGACCCCUCGCACCGCUACCGUCGUAGCGUGGUGGAUUACGCUCUCUCCUCAUUGAGAAUAGCAAUUGAGCAAGCUCCCCUGUCGAGACUAGAGGCAUUGUCACUUACACCCAUCCACCCCGGCGGGAUUCAAUAUCUCUGUCCCAUGGCGGGCAUAGGUUCGUUGCCGAAUAGUUGUCGACGCUGGACGCAGAUCCAGCGUCUCGAGAUCCACAUGGACACUUUUCCUUUUGACAAGGGCCAGGCAACGGAUCAUUUGAAACUGUUGCAUUCCUACUUACAGGCAUUUCGAGCUCUGCGCAGUUUUACAUUUCGCUGGAUCAACGGCGAUGAAAAAGGGCCGAGCCCGUUGUCACUCGCGACGGAGCCGGCUCUGUGCGAAUUAGCAGCUAGAUCGCAGGCAUGUCCCAAGACAAGGCAUUAUUUGCGACCACUAAAAUUCCCGUAUUUGCAAUACAUGGUCCUGGGGAAUGCGAUGCUGGACGCAUCGCAAGUCUCGGAUUUUCUGACCGAGCAUCGCCAUUCAUUACUCGAAUUCGAUUUUGAGAGUGUCUCCCUGAGGAGCGGCACGUGGGAUGAUGCGCUUGCGCCGUGGAUGACGCUGUCGAGCGCCGAGUACGAUGCUGCUUGGGGUGAGAAGGCGGCCGAAGUGGAAGUUAUGGAAGUCCCGUUCGUCCUGGGACCCAGUCCAGAAGAGACAUCACCGCCGAAUGAGCAUAAACAUGAACACAAGAGACGAAAGAAAAGGAAGAAGAGACACGCCAGAACGGCCGAGGUCGCGAUUAACAACGACCUGUUUGCUUCAACGGCCGCGAUGUUGUUAGACGAGGAGCCGGUGCAUCGAAGCAAUUUGAAUUUCAGGACUCUGCGGGAGGGACUGAGUAACUGGGCGCGGUCAAAGGCCAAGCCAGCGCGGAUGUUUUGGGGACAUGGUCAUGAUUUACAUAAGGCGGUUCAGUCGCCGAUAUUUGUAUAG